GAGGAGCAGCAGGAGAUGAAGAAUUCCAUGCUGGAGCAGCUGGUGACUGAGACAGCCAACCAGCUGAAUGCUCAGGACCAGCAGCUCCUGCAGCACAUGGAGGAAAUGUUCAGGAAGAUUCAAGAAGACUGUAACAAGCUCAGAUCUGUCUCAGUGAGCCUCCAGACAGACUGUGAGAUGAAGCAGAAGGCUAUUGAGAUGCUGUUCCAGUCCUUGGAGAAGCUGAAGAAGGAAAAAGUAGAUGAGCAGAACAUGUUGACAGCAAUGGACAUGAAAGCGGACAAAGAUGCCUUGGGCAGCAAAGUCGAUUGCACUCAGUUUGAGGCAAGCAUGGAGGGGCUGGAUCAGAGGCUGCGGAAGAUUCAGGGCCAGAUGUCAGGACAGAAGCAGCACUGCAACGAGCUGCAGCAAAAGCUCAAGGACAUGGCGGAAAACAAGCUGGAUCGUGGGGAGCUGAAGUAUUUCCGAAAUCGGUUAGAGGAGAUCUGGAAGGGGAAGAUGGAGGAACUUGAGAACAGGAUCUUGGGUGACAGCGCUGCUGGGCUGAGGAAGCAGCUGCCAGUCCCUUUCACGUGCCUGUCCUGUGACCGCCCGGUCAAAACGCAGGUUCCUGGCCCGAAACCCGAGACACUCCCGUACUUGAAGCCGAUGCCCCCCAGCAAGGACCCACAGCACAGCCAAAGGUAGGGAGUUGGGUGCCUC